AUGGAUCGCCUCAUCCGCGCUUCGAGCUCUGCUGCUGCCACCACCACCUCCGCCAGCGGCGGCGGCGGCGGCGGCGGCGGGUCGGGAUCGUCGGAGUUGCCGUGCGAUCGAGUGAUGGACUCGAUCGCUCUAGAACGAGAACGAGGAAUCACGAUCGCGAGCAAGUACACGUCAGUCACGUUCAGAGGUACCACGCUCAACCUCGUGGACACGCCUGGCCAUGCUGACUUUGGAGGGGAGGUGAGAUCCGAGGGAGGUGCAGCGGGUGAUGGGGAUGGUGGAUGGGGCGCUGCUAUUGGUGCAGCGGGUGAUGGGGAUGGUGGAUGGGGCGCUGCUAUUGGUGGAUGUGGUGUAGGGGCCCACACAACCCCCACCUCUCAUCCCCUCUUUCCUCCCCUCCCUCCCACACAGGUGCAGCGGGUGAUGGGGAUGGUGGAUGGGGCGCUGCUAUUGGUGGACGUGGAGAGAGUGAUGGGGAUGGUGGAUGGGGCGCUGCUAUUGGUCGAUGUGGCGGAGGGACCUUUGGCUCAGACCAAGUUUGUGUUGGGGAAGGCUCUGCAGAGAGGCUUAAAGCCCAUUGUCGUGCUCAACAAGUGUGACCGACCCUCAGUGACCACGCAGAUGGUGCAUCAAGUGGAAUCAGCCAUCUUCGACCUCUUCGCUUCCUUUGAUGCCACAGAGGAGCAGCUGGACUUCCCGGUGCUCUACGCGUCGGCCAGGCAUGGCUGGGCCAGCUCCUCUUGGCCGCCGCCCCAGCUCACGGCAGAAGGGGCUGCAGCGGCAUCAGAAGCAGCAGCAGCGAAGGGGGAGAGUGGUGUGGUGCCGAUUCUUGAGGCGAUUCUGGACCGCGUGCCGCCCCCUGUGGUGGACCCAACAGCGCCCUUCCAGAUGCUGGUGUCACUCAUUGACAGGGACCCAUUUCUUGGCCGCCUGCUGAUUGGUCGGAUAGCGUCGGGCUCGGUGCGCGUGGGUGACAGGGUGCGGGCACUGAUGCGGGACAGUGAAGGGGAGGCGGUUUCCCUGGAAGAGAGCAAGGUGGUGAAGCUGGUGAAGCGGAGGGGAGUGAAGUCGGAGGAUAUGAGUGAGGCGGCAGCAGGAGACAUUGUGGCAGUGGCGGGGAUGACCCACGCACACGUCUCACAGACUCUCGCAGAUCUCUCGGUAUCCAAACCGCUCCCAGUUGCUGCUAUCGACCCUCCCACCAUCGCCAUGACCUUCAGCGUCAACGACUCUCCUUUGGCCGGGAGACACGGCACCCAGAUGACAGGCCCAAAGAUUGGCGCACGGCUCAAGGCAGAAGUAGCGACCAACGUGUCCUUGGGCCUGGAGGCGGGUCCCUCUGCGGAUGCGUUCAAGGUGCUGGCCAGGGGCGAGAUGCAGCUGGGUGUGCUUAUAGAGAGUAUGCGCAGGGAGGGGUUUGAGCUCUCCAUAUCACCGCCAUCCGUGCUGUACCGAGAAGAGAAGGGGAAGAAGCUGGAGCCUAUUGAAGAGCUCAUGGUGGAGGUGGACGAGGAGUUUGCAGGGGCAGUCAUCGACGCCAUUUCUCUCAGAAAAGGAGAGCUCCUGGACAUGAUCACAGAAUCCUCCUCCUCCUCUGAUUCCAGCUCAUCUGUUGCUGACUCAGUAGCAUCUGCCACGUCAUCACCCUCACCAUCCACGUCAUCUCCCUCCUCCGCCAGCUCAGCAUCCUCGUCUCUCUCGCGUACACGUCUUCACUUCACCUGCCCUUCCAGGGGGCUACUGGGAGUGAGAGGAGUGCUCAACACGGCUACCAGAGGCACAGCUGUGUUGCACCGGUCGUUCCUGCGAUACGAGCCGUGGAGGGGUCAGCUGGAGCGAGGGCGCAAGGGUGUGAUUGUAUCGAUGGCCACAGGGACCAUCACAGCCCAUGCUCUAUCGUCUCUUGAAGCUCGGGGCACGCUCUUUGUCAGCCCUGGAGACGAGACAUACGACGGUCAUAUCAUAGGAGAGAACGCCAGGGACGAUGACAUGGAGGUGAACCCUGUACGCACUAAGGAGCUCACCAACAUAAGAGCGGCUUCCAAGGAUGAAAACAUUCGCCUCACGCCUCCAAGACAGAUGAGUCUGGAGGAGGCCAUGGGGUAUGUGCAAACAGGCGAGCUGGUGGAGGUGACUCCUGCUGCCAUCCGCCUUCGCAAGAAAGAGCUCAGCUCGUCCAAGCGGAAAACAUCUAGGCGCAACCAGAAAGAGUGA